AUGGAUUGUAAAGAACUAGAAACAUCUACUAAUGAAAAUGGAAAACAAGAUAGUCAACUAACAGAAAUACCUAGUUCUGAUAAGAUUCAGGAACAAGAUGUAGUUCCAAGAAAAAUUCCAUGUCUUAAUUCAGAAUUAACUAAUGAUAUUAAAAUAGCUGUGCCUGAAUCAUCAUCAAACAUUUAUUCCCAAACCACAAAUGAGGUUAAUGAUAUAGACACUAAAACAGAAAUAGACAAAGUAUUAGAUUGUGAAAACAAUGCUGAUUCAACAAUUUCUAGUGAUGUAUUAGGUUCUGUAUCAACUGAAGCUACCAAACAAAUUAAUGGAAAUGUUGGUUGGUCUGAAGUUUGCGAAAAAUUGGCAAAGGAUAUUGUUGAUAAAGGUGUUGAUGAAAUUUUGGAAGAAUUUUACUCUUUAAAUUAUGGUAUUGAAGAUGUUGAUUUAGAAUUAUUUUUUAAUUUUGUUAAUAUGAGUCGAAACCGUUAUAGGGAUAUUGUCUUAAAAGAUGCAACACGAAUUAUAUUAGAAGACGAGGAAAAUGACUAUAUUCAUGCAAAUUAUGUUUCAACACCUAGUAAUAAUAAACGAUUUAUCUGUUGUCAAGCUCCAUUAGAACAGACGACAGAACAUUUCUGGAAAAUGGUCCUUCAAGAAGAAUCUGAAUAUAUUUUUAUGUUGUGUCACAUCGUUGAAGAAGGUCGUGAGAAAUGCCAUCCUUAUUAUCCAGGAGAAGUUGGACAAAAAUUAGUUAUCAAUAAAUUAACUAUUGAAAAUUCAGGACUUGAGGAACAUCCAACAGAAUAUGGUUUGAGAGUUUGUGUGCUUAAAAUCUAUGAAGACGAUUUGCUAAAAAAGACUGUUAAACAUUGGCAAUAUGUUUCAUGGCCUGAUCGAAAGGUGCCACUUUUAUCUGAGACAAUAUUUUAUGCUUUAGAUAAUAUGAGAAUUUCUGAAAAACCAAUUAUUGUUCAUUGUAGUGCUGGAAUAGGAAGAACGGGAACUGUGGUAUUCUUAGAAAAUUUACUUGAAAAAAUAAACAACGGAGAUAUAAUGAAAGAAACACCUGCCAAUGUCCUCGAAGCAAUUAGAAAACAACGUGUAAUGUCUGUUCAAACUCCAAUGCAGUAUCUUUAUACACAUCGUCUUUUACUAAAUCACCUACUUAAGGAAGGAAAAAUUCGUGAAUCACCAGAAUUACAAAAGUUCUUCCGAGAAUAUGAUGAAAAGUAUGACCAACAUAAUUAG